GUUCAUGUGUCUUCAAUGGAGGUCAAAUGCACUGGCCAAGGAUGAAGAGCAGCCCACAUAGGCCCCUGAUACUCAAGAGACGGAAACUGCCUCUCGCGCAUGGGGAUGCAUUCAGCACUCUUGCAGGAGAGGACCCUGGUGGGCAGGGCACUGGCCCCCUCAGCCACCAGCAAGCAAGGACAGGGGAGCUCAGCGUGGACAGGAAGACGCCUGGAGCCCAGAGGUUCCCUGUUGGGGUUAAGAUAAGGAGCCAUGCUGCAACGCCUGACGCUCAGGUGGUGGCCGUCCCUGCUGGCCCAGAUGUCCAAAGCAUCAUGGAAGCUCUGGCAGUCAAAGGGAAAGAAUGUGGCGGCUCCAGGCCUAACAAAUUUAUUCUUAUCAGUAGUGGUAGCAGCUCUCCCACUGCGGAAGCAAGAAAAGUUCACCAGCUAUUCAGAUCUGAAGAUCAGCACAGUGCUCCCUGCAACGAGGUCCAGGAAGAAGAGGAUGCUGGACCAAGCUCUGAGGCAAUGAAAGAAACAGCAUUUUGGGCCUCGGAACUGCAAUCUGUGGAGGGACAAGAACAGGAAGGAAACAGCAGUAGGGAAGCUCCAAGCUGCGGCCUGGACAACAGUCUGACCAAUAUCCAGUGGCUGGGCAAGAUGAGUUCCGAUGUCCUGAGCCCCUGCAGCGUGAAAAAAGAAACGGAGAAGGAGAACCAGACCCCCCGGCCGGAAGCAGCCAUCAAGCAGAUUGAGGAAGGUCCUGCGCCUUCCUCCUCUACCGCCUUGUGGCCGGAGUCCUUCACUGAGCGACCCCCUUAUUCCUACAUGGCCAUGAUCCAGUUUGCCAUCAACAGCACUGAGAAGAAACGCAUGACGCUGAAAGACAUCUACACCUGGAUUGAGGACCAUUUCCCUUACUUUAAGCAUGUGGCAAAGCCAGGCUGGAAGAACUCCAUACGGCACAAUCUUUCACUUCAUGACAUGUUUGUUCGGGAGACAUCAGCCAACAGCAAAAUCUCCUUCUGGACUAUUCAUCCUGAAGCAAACCGCUACCUUACGCUGGACCAGGUGUUCAAGCAGCAAAAGCGGCACACUCCGGACCUGCAGAAAAACCCUGGUGGUGCUGGUGGGGGCAAGACUGAGCCACAGCCUGCACGCCGCAAAAUGAAGCUGUUGCUGCCCCGUGUCAAUUCCUACCUGGUCCCAAUCCAGUUUCCUCUGAGUCAGUCUCUCGUCCUUCAGCCUUCAGCCAAGAUCUCUCUGCCCGUGUCCCGGAGUGUGUCGGAACCUGCGCAGAGCAGCAAGGGCAUGCGCAUUGCUCCAAAGGUGUUGCCAACGAGUGUGAAGCCAACCCUACUCUUACCUGAAAUCUCCAUAAAACAGGAGGUUUACUGUGGGGAAGGAUCAUCUCCAUUUGCUUCCCAUCAGACCACAAAGGAGGACACGUGUCAGACCAACAGGGAAUUGUUCCCCACAGUCCUGGCUAUAAAAAAGGAGAGUGACUUUUCCCAGUCUGAUGAAUGGGCGGCUCCAUUCCAACCCGUGUUGCCUGUGGAAGACCUGCCGGUGCAGGGUGACGGAGAGCUGCACUUGUUCCUCCCAGUGUCUGGAAAGGCGGAGCGGCAGCUGGCAGCUCUCAGGCAGCCCUCCCAGGAGACGCGGGACACACAGAGGCCCGAGUUGCAUGCGAGGAGCAGACCCAGAAGGAAACAGCACUUGGCCCUGCCUCACCAGGAAGAGCCGGUCCUACUCACGCCUUCCAGCAGUGGUUCAGAUUCAUUCACACUGGAACACCAUUUCCCCUUGGGGCAAGAAGGCUAUCCUGUGGGAGACGCAUCCCGCCUUAACUGCUCUUCGGGGGGAUGUGGCCCAUUUAAAACUCAAAUUAAAGAGCUGUUUUGCAAGCUGCCAACUUCUUCCACCCCUUGUAAAAUGCCCAUGACCACCCCUUCCCUGACAGUUACUGAUCCCUGGAAACUGGUACCUUUAGUCAAGGAAACGAGCGCACAGGAUGUUAGCCCCAGGAGAAGCCCUCCAGGAGCAUUACUGUCCCUCCAGCAGAAUUUAGACCUGAGACCAUCUAUGUUUGAUUCCCCUCAGCCACUGCUUCUAAAUACAGAAGCUAACGAAAUGGUCUCAGGACCGCUGAUAAGCUCUCCUGCAUCCAGCAACCAGUCACCUCCAGAGUUUCAAGCUUCUGUCCUCUCUGAAAACUGUUCCCUCCAAGAGGGCCUGUUCCUGGACACCAUGAAUGAGAGUUUGAGCAAAAUCCUGCUUGAUGUCAGUUUCCCUGGCUUUGAUGAGGACAAUCUAGGGACUGAUCUCAGCUGGUCACAGUUCAUUACUGAUCUGAAAUAA